GUGUUUGGUAACAGGAGCCUGAGAUUCCUCGCUGUUCGUGUUCAGGGCGGGGUAACAUUUUAAUGCGAUAGAUUUCUCAACUAGACAGACAAGUUUCCACAGUCGCAACAGUGCAAGACUGGGCGGACUGAAGAAGCUCUCUUUCGUCUGUAAUUGUUUUCCAUUUUUAACCUGAACAACCACCACCAUGUUUGCAAUCAAAGGAAUUGUAGGAGGCCUUAUAAAUGUUGUGAGCAAUAUUGAUCCUGGCAUGUUUACUCCAUCUGCUCCACCUCCUACCCGAAGGCCCAUAUCAACAGUCCAGGCUGCGGCAAAUGAGAGCGAUGAAGACAGGCAGUUCCGCAAAGUUUUCCAGCAGCUCGCUGGGGAUGACAUGGAAGUAAGCCCUAAUGAACUGAUGGAUAUUCUCAACAAGAUUCUGACAAAACAUGCUGACCUAAAGACUGAUGGUUUCUCAAUUGAGUCUUGCAGAAGCAUGGUAGCAGUGAUGGAUUGUGACAGCUCUGGAAAGUUGGGCUUCACUGAAUUCAAAUACCUGUGGAACAAUAUCAAGAGGUGGCAGAACAUCUAUAAGACAUAUGAUGCAGAUCGUUCUGGAACAAUUAGCGCCACUGAGCUGCCUGGUGCUUUUAACGCUGCAGGGUUUCCACUAAAUCAACAGCUCCUACAGAUGAUCGUGCGCAGAUACAGUGAUGAAAACGGCGACAUGGACUUUGACAACUAUAUUGGGUGCCUGGUGCGACUGGAUGCAAUGUGCCGUGCUUUUAAAACACUUGACAAGGACAAUGAUGGUCAAGUCAAAGUCAACAUUAAGGAGUGGCUGCAGUUGACUAUGUACUCAUAAAGCAAAAUGUCUAAAAUCUCUAUUUCUCACUUCACCAUUGAACACUUCACAAAAAUAAGUUGGAUCAAGUUUUUUUUUUAUCAGUGCAUCGUAGGUAUGGAGUGUACUUUUUGCAGCUUGUAUUUAACCAAUAAAACUAUAUGCUUUGAAAA